GUGCGGAGCAUGCGCUGUGUUCCCUAGCACGGGCAAUCGUUUGUGUGCUCGGUGGCAGUUCAGGGGGGAGAGAAACCCACAUGGGUCCACGAAAGAAGAGCUAUAACUACGGGACCUUCAUCGCUUCCCCUGGGCAUGGCGCGGAGGAAGAUUAUGGCGGGAACACAGCCAGCUCGUACCAAAGGUUACUGUCGGCGCCCGCGCCGGCUUUUUCAGUUCACCACGACCAAGAAUAUCGCAUCGCCUUGCGAGAAGACGGAAUGUUUGGGCUGCGAUUAACGAAACACGGCGGGGAGGUGGUCCUUUCGGAGAUGGACGACGAUGUAGCACGGGCUCGUGGGUUGUGCGAGGGCGACGUAGUCACACACAUGGAUGGCGAACCGCUUCUCGGCUCGUUGAAAGCCGCCGCUGAAUGCAUGGACCAAGCGGGAGAUUCGCUGUCGCUCCGAGUCCAGUCCGGCCACAGCAACUCGCGUACCGGGGAUGGUCCGAGGAAGGCCAAGUAUCAUGUUGUGCAACACAUCGUUCGCCAAGGGGACUCUGUCGAAGCCCUCGCUGAGCAGUACGGUGUUACGGCCGACGAAGUCCGCAUAUGGAACCGGAAAUAUUUUCCCGUGGGAGAGCCUGGAUGCCUUUGCCCGGGGCAGGUAUUGACCCUGCGCGACACUACGGCAGACCAGGCGAAGGACCGAAAUAGGGCGAGCCUGGAUUCAACCGCUCGCAGACGAAAAUCGGAAGGAGAUGGUGCGAGGAAGCGGAUGCUGUACCAAGUGCGCGAGGGGGACUCGCUCAAGUCGAUAUGUGCGCGGUUGAAGCUGAAGGAGGGGGAGGUGCGUGGGCUGAACCGUGGCGUGUUCCCUGUGGGAGAGGCGGGGGUGGUACUUCCUGGCCAAACGUUGACAGUCUUCGCGGAAGAUUGUGACAUCCUCGUCACCGAGGAAGGGAGUGGACAUUCGACAGAGGAGCUAGAUGAACGAGCGUUCAUCCAGGACUUUACUGGGCGCAAGACUAAGCGCUCUUCUUUGAGUCUUGGGAUCCGUGGAGCAGGAGUCAUGGGUUGAUGGGGCAAAGAUGUAGCGUAGAUUAUUGCCAUCGUUUUCGGCACCAGUACUAUCCUUUGCACGGUUUUGUAGGUCACGAAAACGUUCCAUGCGCUGAAAGUUGAACCAGAUGCUGUGUAACGUGGCACCAUACCCCAGGUACUGCAGUACAAGCUGGUUCAGGGUGAAUGCCAGAAAUACGUUUCGCACCACGUGCCGCACGUAAUACCUAGGGCAAGGGAACAGGGUGACAUGCCUGUUUCUUUUCUCGAGGCCAUAGAUUGUGGUGGUGCUAGAGCGGAUGCGCCUCUCGGCCAAUCAGUAGUUUUGAAAUUGAUGAAAAUUAAAUACUUGUACAUGAAUUUCCAUCGUCGUAUAUGGUCAACCUCGGCAUGUUCGCUGCUGUGGCGUCCCCCGUGUUCCAGGAAACACAACGCAACAGAGUGAUACACGUUCUUACUCGAAAGGUGGCAAAAGCAUGUGAUGUUGGCGUCAGAUUUCGAUUUGUUUUUUUGUUUGUAUAUUAUAUUGUACAUUACAACAGUCAGUAUCUCAGAGAGCGCCGUGGUGUUCCUGACGUGGGCAUGGUCCAACCUCGCUCAAAAUUUGUAGGUCAGGAAUAAGUGUUGCAAAUGAAGCACGGUUUUUAGAAAGUUCUCAGCCGACUUUCCGUCUGUUCGUUCCACAGACCGAGACCAGCGCAAUCGGUUUUAAAGUUUUCGGUUGCUGCGUUCAUCAUGGUAGUAUUUCCAAAGUUUGUAUGGGCCACUCAAGCGAAUCGUGUAGCCACACAUUGAGCUCUCACACUUGCUCAAAUACUUUGGGGUCAGUGUGCCCGCGUAAUCGGCUAAAGGGUUCAAUAGAAACGCCACAUGUUCACGCCGUUACUUGAAGUUGCAUCCUGGAAAUUUUCGCAUGAAUACUAUUGGCUUCGCGAACAUUAGGACCAUGGCCUUUGCUUCUUUUUACCCGUUGUCGGGGGUCCCGGGAGGCCCAUGUGUGGCCCCGAAAGAUCAUUUAAAGGUUUGAACUUCCGCUAAGAAAACGUGUGAAAAAUUUAUCGUGU